AUGAACGACCUAAGGAGCUACGAUCUAUAUACCUCUCUAGCCCAGAAUGACGACUCCAUCACAUCUGCCAGCCAUACAGCUGCCGAUGCCCUUGCUGUAGCGAUAUCAACCGCUAUAGUUUACCCGCUUGAUUCCAUAAUUGCUCGCUUACAGGUGAGAUACGCACAGCGAGAGGGGGAAGAUAAUCACACCCCUGCCGAAAGUAAGGAGAGUAAACGAAAAGAUGACGCGGCAGACGACCUACGACGAAGCCUCGACGUGCUCCGUGAUAAGAUACAGCAUUGUCUUGAUACCGUCCGGGAUGUGGUGAAGAUGGCUAGGGAAGGGUGGAAGGACCCCAACGGUCGUCGUGCGUUGUACGCUGGGGUAGGCGAGGCGGCGAGCAAAGAAGCCUUUGAAUUCAUAUUGGUCGGUGCGUUAUAUUCGCUUCUGUCUCGCAGGCUGUCCAGGGGUGGGGGUGGUAUGAGUUGGAAGGCACAGAUGGUGAAUGACGUCUCGGCGGGGGUGUUGUCGAGGGCGCUGGUACGGUUGCUCACUGAGCCUAUUGCUACGAUCGUGGUGAGGAGGCAGGUUAGUUCGCAAGGUAGGAAAGAGGCGGUUGAAACGGUCAUUAGCGAAAAGGGAAUUGGAGGGUUUUGGUCCGGGUAUUGGGCUACGUUGAUUUUGACGGCACGUCCUUCGAUUAUGGCGCUGGCUUACUGGGCCUUACGGACUACUUUGGCCCGUGUUGGGAAAGUUGGCGGUAAUGAUGUCCUUAAGGAGGGCGCGGUGACUAUGGCUAUAACUAGGACUAUUGCCGAGUCCGUCUUGUAUACUGUGUCAGUCAUGCAGACUUGUGCACGAGCCGGCGUCACUGCGCCAGUGAACUCAAGGGGUAGAGGCAGCCUUAUGCUCGAAAUUUCUCGAGGAUUACUUAGCCAGGGGACCACGGCAUUGACACAAGACGUACUUGCUGCCCUAAUGCUGCGCCUCUCGGCAAUAUUGCUCUACAUUCUGGAGCCAUUUAUGUUGUCUGAAGAUGCUAUCACGGAAUCAGUACGUGAUUCCGCGGGUACAGCGGACCAGCAGCUGGUCGACGACGCAGAGUAUUUGACCAAAGCUGUCAAGGGUGCUGCUGGUAUGAGGAACCGCAGCACGGGGCUUACAAGAGGCAGUAAAGACGGUUAUGAAGCCACUGAUGCUGUUGCCGAACUGGUGGGUGAUUAUGUCGAGGAAGCCCCUGACGAGCAGUACCGCUGGUUCUGGGAUAAGGAAGGACGUCGUUGA